CAGUCUCUUUCAUUCUGUCAGUUCACGAAACGUUGUUGUCGUAACGAGGUUAUUUUCGUGAACGAUUUUAAAUUUAAUUUAAAUUAAUUCCCAAAAAAUAUAAGUACAGUUUGCAAUAUCCUAGCAAAUGAUAAUUGAUUGCCUGAUUAAUAAUCACUAAAAUCAAAAUGGCAUCGCUGUCUAGAUUUCAAAAGAUCGCUCUUAUAAGUUUGGGUGCCGUCGGAGGCGGUUUGGCAUACUACAGAAUAAAUAGUGAUAAAAAUGAAAGGAAAUACAGCGCUUUCAAUUCGUGGACGACGAAUUUUACUCCUAGCGUGCAGUGGGAUAAAAAUUGGGACCACCGUGAACCAGAAUGUAUAGUAAAACCAAUACGGCAUGGACGUGAGGAAGAUGACAACAAGUAUAAUGAGAAACUGGAAAAAGCCAAGAGCAGAGCUGUGAGGCACCUGUUCCUCAUCAGACACGGACAGUACAAUGUUGAUGGAGCCAAGGAUAAGGACAGGACUCUUACGGACUUAGGAAGACUCCAAGCGGACUUCACAGGCCAAAGACUGGCUCUUCUAGACAUCAAAUGGGACCUAUUAGUUCAGUCCACGAUGACACGAGCUCAGGAAACUGCCAAUAUCAUAGCCAAACAUCUUGAUAAGAAUAUUGAAGUGAAGAAUUGUCAGCUCAUUGAGGAAGGAGCCCCUAUACCUCCAGAACCUCCCGUUGGACAUUGGAGACCAGAGCCAAAACAGUUCUUUCAGGACAGUGCGCGGAUAGAGGCAGGGUUCCGUCGCUACUUCUACAGAGCGCCGCCGGAGCAGACUGAAGAUUCCUACACGUUGUUGGUCUGCCAUGCUAAUGUCAUCCGGUAUUUUGUGUGCAAGGCACUCCAAUUCCCACCUGAAGGUUGGCUUCGGAUAUCAUUGAACCACGCCUCAAUCACAUGGAUAUCCAUUAUGCCUAAUGGAAAUGUAGUCCUGCGGUCCUUGUCUGAUACCGGCCACAUGGAGCCUAAGUACAUCACUAGCCGUAAUAGCAGUUUGAAAAGGAAUGCCAAGAAUCGAGGUAAGGAGAGCAAGGGAUAAAAAAUAACAUUUCAACGCAAAUUAUCGCGGUCAACUAAACUUAUAGUUUGAAACCUAUUGAUCAAUUUUAUUCCUAAAAUAUUUUGUCGUGCUUUUCCUUUACAAUGUUUG